CGGUCAAAUAAUCAUACAGUAGAAAGAACAGAAGGCCUUAGUAUACAUUGACAAACAACAAAUUGACAAAACCAACACUGCAUCCAACACUAAAGUUUUCUAAAAGCAAAUAAUGCCAAUGCAUCCGUUAGAAAUAUCAAUUAACUGAAGUUUAUGUUACUAAUUCAAUGUGAAACUAGUUAAAUUAAUACCUAAAAAAAUAAAAAUCUAACAGCUUAAAGAGCGAAGUCGUCUACAGCGUGGAUUGAGUUUCAUUUUUCUGGGCAUACGUGAAUUUAAGUCAAUGCUCCAAAAGUUUUUGGGUAUCAAAUACAUACACGAAAGGAAGUUGAUCCAUAAAUGUGCCCUGGAAAUUUUGAUUUUGACAGCUGAUGCAUUAUCGGGAUUGAGUGCGGAAGAAGUGGUUGAGAGUAGAGUCGUCCCAGCUUUGUUCCAAUCGAUCCAGCAUGGCAUAAUAGAAUUUUUCAGAAUUGGAAAAGCUAAUGUUGAUGUAAUGUCAGCCGCUAUUGAUGGAAAGGCAAAGUUCGUAGAAACUUACGCAAUCGAAUGUCGUCAAGAGAAGUAUUUUCAUGAGCUUAGCACUAGAGAGGGACAUUUUUUGGCUGCAUGGACAGAUGACGAUGGCAACAAUGCGCUUCACAUAGCAGCAAAGUUAGGUCCAGAGUCUUAUCUUGCUCAGUUUUCAGAUCCAAGAAACAAAGUCUAUUUUAAGAUUUCAUAUUUAAGAAGAAAAAAGGAGAAAAGUUGCUGGGUUCGAAAGAACCCAAUGACUGUUAGGUUCAAAUCCAACGACUACUGGGUUCGAAAGAACCCAACGAUUGUUGGGUUUGAACUCAGCAAAGCUUUCGAACCUAGCAGCUACUGGGUUCAAAGGGACCCAAUAGUGCCUGCUGGGUUCCAAGUUCUUGGCUCUGCUUCUUUGCUCCGCCUUUGGGAUCUCAAAUAGUAGGUUCGUAGAAGGUAUAGGAAAGGAAGAGGAAAGAGAACCCAAAUCUGGUGUUGGGAAAGGAGAGAGAAAAUGUAAGGAUUUAGAUUUUAAAGGUUGAAGAAAUGGGUAAUACAGUCAUUUUAUUAUG